AUGCUACCCAGAACUAAGAUACCUCUCGGGGCGCUCGCCUUCUACUCUUUCUCGGCGGUGCAUGCUUGGUCAGAAGAUCAACUGCCACCUCAGGCAGUGAUGAUCAAUCCGCUCGACAUCGCAGUCAUGGGCCCGAAUGCGACCUUCCGAACGGACACCACGACAGAGCUCUUCAACCCGACCAACACUACGCCGCCGUUCUUCCAAGUCUUUGACGAAGCUUUCCUGGACAUUCUGGGCUCCAACUCCACUAUACGCGCUAUUGCGACCGAUCCUACCUUCGCUUUCGCACACGAGGCGCCAAUCUGGGAUUCCACAACAGACGAGGUGUUCUUUUGCUCGAACGACGGGGGUGCACUUGGUCACAACGACAUCAAUACGAACUCGCAAGUGUUCAAAAUCAGCCUUGGGGAUGUAGCAGACGCCAUCGAGGCGGCCAAUUCGAGUACCUCCGCGGUCAAUAUUACCGUAACUCCCCUGGACUUGCCCGAUACCAUCCAGAUGGACAAUGGAGGGACAGGACCCUUCCGAGGUGACCUACUCUUGGCAACAUCUGGGCGCGGCCCACUGCCUCCUUCAAUCGUCCGAGUAAACCCUCGACCACCGUACAAUGCAACCGUCCUGCUCGACAACUUCUUUGGACGCCAAUUCAACAGUCUGAACGACAUCAAAGUGCAUCCAACCAGCGGCGCAAUCUUCUUUACGGACUCUUCAUAUGGCUUCAUCAACCAUUUCCGCCCUUUGCCUGUCAUGCCCAAUCAGGUCUAUCGCUUGGAUCCCGAUACGCGACAAGUGCGCGUUGUUGCAGACGGCUUCGUUCGUAGCAACGGUAUCGCACUGACAGGCGACGGCAGGACAGCAUACGUAACGGACACGGGUACCGUUGGAUUUGAAGUCAACGGCACCUUGCCAGCUACCAUCUAUCAGUUUGACAUCGACCCUGUGUCUCAGAGCUUCACAAAUAGGCGUGUAUUUGCAUAUGCCGAUUCCGGAGUGCCAGACGGCAUUCAGGUUGAUGUCCAGGGCAACGUGUUCUCUGGCUGCUCAGAUGGAGUCCAAGUCUGGAAUACGCAAGGGACACUUCUUGGCAAGUUCUUCCUGGGCACUACCUCAGCAAACAUGAUACUGGCGAGCGGCGGGCGACUGGUCAUCAUGGCGGAGACAGCGGUGUAUUUUGCGCAGAUUGCUGCCCAAGGGCAGGACCUUGCGAGCUUUGGUAGCGCUACAUAG